ACGAGAACUUUCAUUCCUUACUCUGUCCUGUGCUAUAUCAGACUUCCUGCGCUUGAACUGGUGCCAAACGAACACCGCAUCUCUUGUGCUUCUUCUUCCCUGCCCCAUUCGGACACGAUCAUCCCUGUGGGUAUACCACGGGAAAUCAAUUUCCUUAACAUCGCCCUUCGAUCACAUCCAUGUUAUAGCACGAUUGUUAUAGGGCCCGCAUACUAAGAACCCCCAGCCAGAACGCCAUCUUGCACAAGAGCAGAAAGAUAUCAACCCGUGCCGCCGUCUGGCUCGUCAAUCGAAUGUGGAACGACCUUGACAAAAAGUUUUAAAAUAUAUCCUAAGCAUUGUGUUCGAAAACAGUUGCAAGGCUGUCCAUACUUCUCGUGUUUCUUGCAGCCGACACGCGACUGGAAUAUCCAACACGCUUCUUCCGACAUAUUGGUUGGGUUCCCCGGUUCUCAUCAAUUCUUUAAAUAUACCUCUCCACCGGGAUCCAAUUAUUCGCAUUUGACUUCGCCAGUUGUCGCUCCUGCAAUCUACCCGAUUAACAAGAUGUUCACGUUUGGAGGUGGGAAGGCUCCUUACCCCACUGUCUACACCGUCACCUCACCAAAGAAGUCAUCUAAGAAAGACACUCCUCCCUCGUCUCCCCAAAAGGAAACUCCUUCGUCCCCGGACUCUCUUGAACCAGCAAUCGAUGGACCUCCAUCUCCCGAACGUAUACGAGCCUAUACCGAGCAGAUGAAGAGGAGUUCAUUGUUCGGUAACAAUUCCAGGACAAAUACACUUUCCUCUGGUGCCUCUUCCUCCCGUUCUCGCGAAUCGACAAUUGCCUCAACGGAUAAUGUGAGCUUGUCUCGACGGUCAUCUAGUCGAUCCACCGCCAGCAGUAUGCUUCGCCAUGACAGACCGGAAAGUGUUCAGAUAUUCGGAUCGCUGUUUUCUCGAAGCGCGAGAAGGACAAAAAGGGAUACACACAAUCUCGGCCUCCGCACCUCAUCUUCACUUGGUCUAGAUGAGAUGGUAGUCGAGGAGGGCUCCGCGAAAGAACAUUACUACGGAAAGAAGAGCAAUUCACGACGUCGUCAUUUUAUCUCUGGCCCAUACAACUUCCAGCAUGUAACUCACACACGGCAAGACCAUCUUCCUGACCUUGGACGAACGAGCCGGACCGAACUUGUAUCGGAGUUCUCAGCUAUUCGAGCAUCCCAAGCCCCAACACAUGGUGAGUUGAAGGGAAUCAGGGCUGAUGACUUGCAUUUUGAGAACUUCUCUUCUGAAGCUCUGAGCGUUCUGCCAAGCGAAGACGCUCCUCCAGCAACUUCUCCCCAGACGAGCCCCCAACGCCGGGUGCUUCGCAAGUCUGUUCAACCACCCCAAUUGCCUUCUCAACGAGCAAUGGGAUACACCAAAUCACAUGACAAUCUGAGAAUAGCACCACCUCGACCACCCCGCUCGCCACUGUCACCGCCGUGUCCACUGGCACUUCCAGCAAGGACCUCCUCCCGCACAGCUUCUGUGCUUUUCGAUACCUUUGAUCCUCUCGCCACAACGACGAUUACGAGACCUCAUACAAAUGCAGGAUUCCGCAAGCCAGCUCCUUUCAUUCUUCUUCCUUCGCCGCCACCAACUUUGGAUGAACAGCAAGACGGAGGCGCGCACGCAGUAACAACACCAGGCGAUGAGGCAUGGCCAUUGACAGGAUCAUUAUCUGGAAAUUUUGGUAAUGAACUAGCAGAUGUUCAGGAGGAGGAGGAAGAUGUUAUGUCAAGGAGGUCGUCGCGAAUGUCAACUGCUAGCGCCGAGCUGAGAAUGUCUCAGUCCGUGCCAGCGCUUCGACUCAAGUCACAGGCACAGGUUGAUAGGUCCGAGGCCCGCAUGUCCACGACAUUGGGGCAACCACUGACCGCAGCUGCAUUCUCGGCCCCCAAGCAAAUACCAACACCAAGCGGCUUCCAAGUCAAUGACUCGUGGGAAUCCGAUAUCGACUGGUGUUAUGAAAAUGGAGAGGAAAGCUGUGAUUAUAACUAUUGCUCUGAGGAAGGUGAUACUCCUACACAGACACCUGCAACAGUCGUCCAAGAACCGCUUCACUUGAGCCUGCAGACCGAAGAACGUACUUAUCGUGGACGAUUCCGACCUUCCCUUUUGGUGUCGUCGUCCUUCGAUGCGCCUGAGCUAUCGCCAAGAUCGAUCAACUCUACGCCUUCAUCCGAUCCCAGAACACCAGCGAACUUCUUACGUCCAAGUCAUAUCCGAUCUCCCUCGCAUGCCUCGUCCUUCAAGGAGUCUCAUGGCUUCCACCUCUCACCAACCCUUCUCAUUCCUGCUGAUUUCCAGUCACAGAUGGAGCAAGAUGCUCUCUACACCGAGCACUACUCCAACGACUCGUCAAAUGGUGCAAUUUUCAUGCAGGACUCUUACGUCCAUGCCAUCUCUCCUGUCGACGAAGAAAUCGGAGGCCCACACCCUGCUCUUGCUUCGAUGCAACAUCGACGCAACAAGUCUCUGGUGCUCGAGAGAGAUCUCCGAAACGGCGAGACUCAAUUGGUUCCUUCCAGUUCCGCAGAGCAGAAAAAGGAUCUCAUUGAUGUGGUGGGCAGCCUCAGCCCAGUUGCAGAGGCGUUUCCACACGUACCAGCCGAGGGCAAGGCACCAGUACACGGACGAAAGAUCUCAGCACCCGAGGCAGUUGCACCCCUCCGAGAAUUCAAAGGAAGAGCUCGAGCCUCAACUGUCGGGGGAAAGCGAAGGGGAAGCUACAUGCUGUUCCCCCAAAUAUAAGCAGCCACAUAUCUAAGGCUAUGAACCGCGCCAAAUAUUGCGCGACUCAUGGUGUAACGUGGGCACCAACUGCGAACCCAGAACAUGGCUGAGUUUGCGACGAUUGAAAUGUUUGAUAUGAUUUUAUGUAUUCCCUUGUUAUCGUUUCUUCAUUUUUGUACACACUUGUGUCAAUUAUAUCGGGCUGGCUUUUGGAGUGUAUCAGAAAGGACGGCCAUCAAGCUAGCUGGGUCAAGCUUGCGGGAAAGAGAAAAGCAGCAUUGCGUUUAGGAUUUCGGAGACUGAUCGUCCUGUACCACUAUUGUCGACUUUCUUUGAUCGACCUUUCUGUUUCGGACAAUGUUUCCUGGGUAUCUCAUUUGUUAUUAAUCUCAUUUGUUGGAGAGGGAGGAGCAUUGUAUGGUAUGGAUCUGGGCAUUCAUUUGGGCAGGACCUGGGCCUGGAUAGGACCGACUUGUGGAAAAGGGAAUGAUGGGAGCGAACACGAUACAGAUGGAAUCUGAGUGGGACAGGAGCAAGCAGAGCAGAGAGAUCACAGACACAAAGGCUUGUUGAUUGGCUUGCUGGUAUGGAAGCGGGUACUUGGGAAGGUGACGAACGAGAUGACAUUUUAUACCUCUUACCGAGAGAGGCAGGUUGAGAUGCUCACCCGAUCAUGGGAGCAACCUUUGUAGAGGAGCUACUAGUGUGAUGGGAGGGGUAGAGAUUGAGGAAAGGAUACUGUACAACUCUUGUGCUGCAUUGGAGGAGCCUGUUGUUACCAUGAAUAGAACAUGGAUGGACAACGAACAGUAGACAUUCUACCCCCUUUUAGGGGCCUCUUUAGGCGGGACUGGAAAAAUGAAAAACCAUCAAAACCACAGCUGGUCCCAUCUCUUUCUGAUUCGCACCUGAGUUGAAAGUACCAAUGUACGCCUUCCUUUGCUCCCGAUGUCUCACUACCCCAACCGAAGAAGCCACCCCAAGAAUUGCUUUCAUUUACAAUCCUCUUCCAGAGAUCACACCUCAGGUCCUUCCACCCUAGAAAGACAGCUUUCCAAACAUCCGAGACACAAAACGUUGAAGAUAGACUCUGAAACACUGGUCCUCCUCCUGCAUUCCAUAUCGUGGCCCGUUCUAUCUUGUCCAAAUCACGAAUAUAGCCAACCAUUCCUCAACUUGAAGCCGCACAUGAUGUUUAGCAAGGUUAACACUGCUGG